AUGCCUCCUUCCAGUUCACCUUCGACCAAUCAGCACCCUCAGAAAGUUCUUGCAUUGCAAGAAUUGGAUACAACAACAAACUCUGUUUCAUCUUCUUCUUCGGGUGGUGUAAAGACGAGUGGUAGUAGCACUCCUACAACAUCAAAUAAUAAGAAUACAUCAACAUCCGAUCAAAAAGUUCCAACACCAUCCAAAAAGAAUGCAAAGCAACAACAGCCUCCACAACCUGCCUCCAAAAAGACUAUUUCCCUCAAAACUAAAAUUGCAUUCAGGUUUGGUACGUUUAGCAAGGUACCAAUCUUGUCGAGUAUUGUCAGAUCAAAUCCUGUACUUGUCAAACUUAUCAAUCCAAAGACAUACAAUAGAAUCAAGAUCAAGACUAUUAGAAAGGAUAACAAGACUAUUAUUGUUAUCAGUAAGAGAAAGUUAUUCAAGCCUUAA